AUGUCACUUUCGAAACUGGAAGAGACUCCCGAGCUCCUCGCGAGGCGCGCGGUGAUGAACAGAGAAAUACUUGAGACUGUGCAGGCUAAAUUAGCUGAAAACCCAAGCUGGGACUUGAAUGGUGAGAUUCGCGGACUGGCGAUGGACGCCUUGAAGAAACACUUUGCCCAUCCAACAGCAAAACUCCUCCAAGAACGACGCAAACCCCCGCCGCCCAAGCCGCAGAACUUCACCGCUGUUCUCGUGAGAUCGCCCGAGAAAACCGUCAUCUUAAACCCUCUCUCCGAUGCAGCCAAGACACUUAUCUUCGGCGCGAUUGGGGAGGAGGAUGGAGGCGUCGAAGAUGAGGAUAGUCUAGAUAAAGGCGUCUGUCGGGUGCUAAGGCACGCGGAGGUCAUCGCAAAGCUUUCAGGCCGCGGUGGCGUUUUACGCUGCGGCGGCGGGUCUGGCUCUGACAUUGCUAUCAAGGUCGUCCCUGCUUCGGAGACGACAGCCUUUGAGACCGAGUACUCUGCCUUACUUUAUCUUGCUGAGAAUGCACCGGACUUUCCGGCACCGAAGCCGCAUGGACUCAUUGGAUUGGGUGACUCCCGGUUGAUGCUGAUGUCGUACAUCCCGUCGACGACUUUGAAAAGCGUAUGGCCCACCUUAAGUGACAGUAACAAACUCUCAAUCCAGAGACAAUUGAACCAAAUCUUUAUGAGAUUGAGAGAGUUCAAGCAAAAAGAUAGGCGGCUAGGUGGCCUUGGAGGAGAGGGGGUGAGCGAUCAUCAUGCCUGGGUUGAUCACGCAGAUACCGAAACCGUUAUGACAACGGCCACCGUGUUUAGAGACUUUCAAUUUUCCAUCAAAGCGCCUUGCGGUCCGGAGUAUGCUGCCUUCCUGAAAAGCCUCCUACCACACCCCGACCCUGACGAACCGGCCGUCUUCACUCAUGGUGACUUCUUUCCCGGUAACAUCAUGGUCGACCUAGACCCUACGAAGGCGCAGGAGUACGUGGUUUCUGGAAUCGUUGACUGGGAGACAAGUGGCUUCUAUCCAGCAUGGUUCGAGGCAAGCAAGGUGCUCUACACUUUCAAUGAAUCCGGUCGGGGUACUAUGCAGGACUGGUGGAAGUAUGUGCCCAGCUGCAUCGCUCCAGCCAGUCGCCCUGUUGAAUGGGCUGUCGGGAGGCUAUGGGACAAAGCCAACGGGAUCGAUGCUUAA